GGUGUUGACCGGAACACUUGUAUGCAUUGUAGCUAAUGUUUCUUUAUCAGUUUACCCCCUCUCUUCGUUGACCUAUUGUUGAGCAGGUAUCUGAGUUGGUGUUUCUCAACUAGAUGCGAAGGGAACACGAUAAUAUGUGGACAUUUUUCUACCCAAGGUUUGACUUGUGACAUAGUCACGCGGACACAUGGAUACAGUUUGUGGAGUCAACUGGCCAAGACGCAGCAGGACAGCGCGAGUCGUUUGCAGGCAGCAAAAGAGAGCACGGGUUGACGAGGGUAGUGUGCUGCGGUGUGUGAUCGUGGGAAAUACGGAAGACCAUGACAUGGAGGAGGACACGGGCCCCUUCAAGCAUGAUUGCCUGGAGCGGAGGGUCAUGGCGCCCCGCUACAGUCUUUUGCGAGAGGUGGGGAGGGGUACAUACGGCAUCGUGUACGAAGCGGUGGCCCGGAGGUCCGGUGCUAAAGUCGCUGUGAAGAAACUGCGGUGCGACGCGCCGGAAAACGUGGAACUCGCCUUGCAGGAGUUCUGGGCUUUAGCGAGUCUGGAGAAAAGGCACGAGAAUGUGGUUCAGCUGGAAGAGUGUGUGCUGCAGAGGAACGGUAUGGCCCAGAAAAUGAGUCACGGGAACAAACUGUCCAAACAGUACCUGCGUCUGGUAGAGACUUCACUAAAAGGUGAGAGAGUGCUCAGUCCUCCAGAAGAGCCUUGUUAUCUCUGGUUCAUCAUGGAGUUCUGUGAAGCCGGUGACCUCAACCAGUUUAUCCUGUCUCGGCAGCCUGACCCACAAACUAAUAAUAGCUUCAUGCUUCAGUUGACCAGUGCUGUCGCUUUCCUGCAUGAAAAUAAUAUUGUCCAUAGAGAUCUUAAACCUGAUAACAUCCUCAUCUCAGAGAAGUCUGGGACUCCGGUCCUCAAGGUGGCAGACUUUGGCUUGAGUAAAGUUUGUGCAGGUUUGGGUAACACCAAUGAGGGCAAUGAAAGUGAAGAUAAGAACAAAAACAUCAAUGUCAACAAGUUUUGGUUGUCAUCAGCAUGUGGCUCAGACUUCUAUAUGGCUCCAGAAGUGUGGGAGGGCCACUACACAGCCAAGGCGGACAUAUUUGCCCUAGGCAUCAUCAUCUGGGCUAUGUUGGAGAGAAUAACUUUCAUUGAUGCAGAGUCUAAGCGGGAAUUGCUUGGAACAUAUGUUAGACAAGGAUCAGACAUUGUACCAGUGGGUGAGGCAUUGCUAGAGAAUCCAAAGAUGGUACUGAACAUCCCACAGAAACGCAGGUCAUGCAUGUCUGAUGGGGUGAAGAAGCUGCUUCAGGAAAUGCUCGCUGUUAAUCCUCAGGACCGGCCUGAUGCUUUCGAGCUGCAAGCCAGAAUGGAUCAGGUUAUGUGUGCUGCUUGACCCUCAACCAGGAUGAUUUACAGACACGUGUUGCUACCUGGAGCUUCUACAGCAGUGAGGGUCUCCCUGUGUUGAUAUAAAGCCUGAAAAAAAAGGAGAAGCAAAGGAAAGCAGUGAAUGGCUGUCCACACCAAGAAUGAUAACUAUAUAUAAUAAAUAAAUCGUACUAAGAAUUAUUUUCCUCAAGUGAUUGGCCGAGUUCAUUCCACAACUAUACCAACAGUGGUUUGCUACAAUGUUGGUAUCACCUUGUAAGUGAUUUGAUGAAUUAAAGAAACAAUGAGAAUGCAUCUGAAUUUACAGGGUGUCAUGUUGAACGUGGCAGAUGACACUGGAGGGAGUCAUUGUGGCUGCCGAAAACCACAUUCCUGUGGAAUGAAAUCAAAAUUAUGAAGACGUUAACUUGAAUAAGGUCAUGUGCGAAGGGGCUCAUGCAUGGAGUUGGUGUUUUGUUUUAUAACGGAUGUGUGAACCUCAGACACAGCUGGAGCGUGCAGUGAGUGCUCAGUCAGCAGUUCACAGAUCACCAUCAUCCAUAUUGUGUAGAUUCUCACAUUGUUAUCUUUGUUCCUGUCUUAGUGUGGGGCGGCCUUGAAACCUGCAGUUUUGAUGCUGAAUGGGAUUCUUUUUGUUGCAAAGUUGUUUACAACUAGGCCAUUUGUCAGUUCUGAUAGAUUGUCCUGCCUUUAAUAUUCUAAUAAAGUGAAACAUUGCAUCUACUAGUGGAACACUUCCUCUGAUGUAGCCAAAUCAUCAUUUAGACAUCUGGAGACAUUCCCAUCAGAAAACGGGACAGUGGCACUGUGUCGAAUCAGGAGCAGCACAGUGACUCUAAAACGAAACUAGUGUAUAUGUUUGUGAAUGUGUGUGUUCACAGGGAUUUGGGCUUCCACAUGGCUAGCACUUUAAUAGAACUACUGGAAACCAUAUAGUUUUAUUUUCCUUAUUUUUUAUAAAACUUAUAAAAAUGAACUCUGGAUUUGUUUUUGCUGUUUUAUAUGCUAACAGUUGCUGUUUUGUUUUAGUGGAUUUUGUGUUGAUAACCUGUUGUUACAACAGUGAUCUGGUAAGCAUCAGUACAAUGUUUGGUCACAGAGAGAUUCGACAGUUUUACCUGAUGACAACAGAAAACAGUGUCAGUCCCUUUUCCAGUUUAUAUUUCUCCAGACAACUUGGUUUACACAGAUGUAUGCUACAUAUGAUUCAUUGUCAGUUAGAACAAGUGAACAGUUUGUAUAAAACCCUCCAUCAUGGUACAUGUCAUAUUGGAUAAAGUCAAACUUAAAAAAUCUAAGACAAAAAAAAAUGUAAAUUGAAUAUUGUUAAAAAUAAGUUCAUAGAUUCACAGCAUUGCCUUAAAUUUCCAGAUGCCAACCAUACUUUUAAAUUAAAUUGAUAGUUUCCUUUUUAUAAACAGUAUGGCAGAAUUUCUAAUGUCUCACUGUAAAAAGCAUAUUAGCCAGUAGAUAAGUGAAAGUAUAAACGCAUCCUAACCUAGAGGCCUGACAUGGUGGAUGUUAUGUUAUGAAGUAGUUUACUUGACAGAUAUUCCCAAUUUCAUUUAAGCCCAAUUCUUUGCUGCUGACAUGGAUUCUGGCUGCCUGUCAUAUAAAUGACACUUGAAAUUACAGUUGGAGUUCCACUCCAGGUUGUUAUACCUCUGGUGCCUUGAAACCCCCAUUUAUGUUAUGAUUGAAAUCAGGGUAGUAAAAAGAGCUUAUGACUUUAUGCUGGAACAAGUGCCAUUUAUGUGAAACGAGUAGAGCCGCAUAUUUAUUUCGCCAUGAUAGCUUCUCAACUCUUAUGAACAGGAUUUUUAUUUAGUUUAUGUGUUGCCUGUGAUCAAAAAUGUGAUGUGAAAGACCAUGGCUAAAUGUUGUAAAUCAGUAGAUUGUUCUUUUGAAGUCUGAGGACUUCUUCAUCUGAAUGAGUGUGUAAUAGUGUAUCAUGUGUUGAAUUCAGCUGGGACCCUAAAUCAUUUCAGAGUCUGUUCUACCUCUUGUUUCUACACAUUUUCUUUACUGAGACAUUGUUAAAUUUUGUAAACAGCUUUUUUGUUUAUUGUCAUUUCAGCAUCUGUUAGGUGUGUGCAGUUUUCUUUUUGUGUGGUUAUAAAGUAUUGGAUUGUAUAAGCGCCACAGCUGAUUGAUUGAUUGUUUCUUUCUGUUUUAAUGCUUCAUUUUGAGAAAAUAAGUUCACACUUAUAAAGAUGUGUACACAUCUCUAGCUCAACACAGGCCAUGAUGUACUUUGGUUCACUGCUUGAAAGUCUGGCCACCACCUUAACAUCACUACUGAAUUAAUAUUUUAGCUGGGUUGAAAUUUUUGUUUUGAACUAAAUAUGAGCACAUGGUGAUGGACUGUUAAGAUUUUGUUCAGAUUUCAAAGGAAUUGCUUUUAUUUGACUUAAGUUUACAAUCCCGGUCUGGAUGAUUUUAAUUUAGUCAUUUGUUCAUCCUGACAGAAACUAUAUGAAUGACUUCACCCUAUCUCAACAGAAUAUACAGACCUUGGUUCUACACGUAAUUAAUGCCAUUUGUUGGAAUGAAAAUCUGUUAUUUUUACUUAUUACACACCCUCAAUAAAGGUUGAGGUACCCCUCGCCCAUA